AUGUCCACGGCCUCCAAAGCCACGUUUGCUGCGUCCUGUCUUUUUGCCGCCUGCUCGUUUGUGUACAUCAACGUUGAGCAGCGCAUCGAGCGAGAGAAUUUGAGACAGGGCCCCAUCAAAGAUGCCGAGCGCAUGCGCCAGAAAAUGUCGAAAAAACAGGCUGCCAACGAGUUGGAGCACCGCGAACAGCUUGCCUUGAAAGAGCAGUACGAAAAGGUGCAGCCACUAAACGCAGAAGUCAUCACAGGCGAGGACUGA